CUUAAACCACAACAUAACCUAAAAAAUUAAAGUAGCGGAAAAUAUUUUGAAAACUAUUUUAAAAAUUUAGUUGCCUUUAUUUAUCAUUAUCAUUAGCCGUACGACGCCCACUGCUGGGCAUUUGUAUUUAUAUCGAAUAUAUAACUAGUUUCGUAAGUGCAAGUAAGUUUUAAGAAAUAGAAAAUGUCAUUAAAAAUCAGCCUCAACUUCGGUGGUGGAGCAGAGUUGUUAGUUGACAAAAUAAAGAAGCAUAACAUAGAGUUGCCAGCCUUGAUUAAAUACUUACCAGAUUGCCAGAAGGAAAAAUGGACGAUACGAGAACUCUUAUUGUGGAUUAAGGAUAAUUUGCUUAAAGAGCGUCCGGAGUUGUUUAUGCAGGGGGAGUCAGUUCGACCUGGAAUCUUGGUUUUAGUAAACGACGCGGACUGGGAGCUGUGUGGAGAGCUGGAGUACGAACUGCAAGCGAAUGAUAACAUCAUGUUCAUAUCCACCCUGCAUGGGGGUUGAGUAAACUGCUCUCGGUUA